AUGGACUUCCGGAUCUUCAAACAAAACCAGUUCCGGAUCCUUAAAAAUCUGAGCAUUGCGUUGGAGAAAUACUGUGGUAAGCGAUCUCCGCGGCCUGGAGACGAGCCGGCCUCCCGGGAGCUCUCCCGCCGCCCCCAGGAGGCCGGAGCCGGCUCUCCCCGGGCUCGCCGCUGGGAAGGCUCGGGGCUCUGGAGCGGGGCCAGGGGCCGCUGCGGCUCCCUCCCGGGGCCCGGCGCCGCCCGCGCGCUUCCUUCCGUGCGCUUAAAAGCGAAAGCGAAAGGGCGCCGGGCCGGCACUGCGCGAUGCCGCGCCCGGCUGCGGGGCUGCCUGUGCGGCGCGGCGGGGCCCUACCAGAGCGCGGCGCCUGCCCGCCCGGGGCCCGACCCGCCUAGCCCGGCCCCAGGAGGCGGCGGAGCAGAGAGACGCCCGGCCCGGCGCCCCAUGGCGCGCCUGCUGCUCGCCCUGCUGCUGCUCGGCGCGCUCCGGGCGGCGGCGUCGGGCGGCGGCGUCUCCGCGGAGCGCCCCGGCGGGGCAUGUGGGAAGCCGAAGGACAUCGAGAACGCAGUGCUCGAAGACAAUGGCAGCAUGAGACUGCGCUACUCAUGUGUAAAAGAUUACAAGAGGAAAGCUGGCACAUCCAGUCUCAUCGUGUGCGAGAAAAAAAAGACUAACAAAUACGAGUGGUCCAACUCAAACCUCAGAUGCAUUAGAGAUCCAUCAAAGCCUUUUCCUGAAUCGGAACACACAACAGAAGACACCAGAAAAGAAUCAAAGGCUCUCACACCAAGUGGGCAGCCGGCGCCUCCCAAGACUAGUGCGACCCCAGCUGUGGUCUCCGGAGACCCGUAUGGAAGCAAGACCACCUCACCCCCUGACUUGAACACUGCCACGACACUUCUCAGGAGGACAACCAAGCCAUCCUCAGAUGGGCCCACCACGAUGGAAACCCCCCGACGGAUUGGCGGUGGCGUUUCCGGCACAGAUCCUAAAAACGUAAUGCAGCACAAAAGAACAACCACUCAAGACUCCCAUCCUGAGAGUAGCAAGCCGUCAUUCAGUACUCUCUCAACAGAAGUCAGCAGUCCAACAGCCACCCCUUCCAGGAACACCCCAGAGAACACCACAUGGCUGUCCAAGAUGGACAUCCCACAUGGACAAGCAGGUUCUGUCCAGCUUCAGGCCGUGCUUCUUCCUGUAGUGUUCAUCAUGCUGUCAUUUGUAAUUGCUGGGCUGUGGUGCUUCUACAGAAAACACGGCUGUUUUCAAAGACAGAGAGUUGUGGAAGAGAUUCCCAUGGCGGAGAUAUCUGAAGAAAGAAGUAAGAUGAUCUCAGCAGAUACAGAUCUGGAGGAUGCGGGACCUUCUGAGGAAAGGACUCCCGUGCAACUCUCAGACUGUGCUACCUCCAAUGGCUGAAUGCUACUUCUUGGUGAGAAAUCUGAGUGAUCCUCAAAACUUGAAGAUGGAGGGGAGCGAUCGGAACAACUGCCUCGUAUCGGAUGCUCAGCUCCAGAGGGGAAAUGGAGCUUCUUUGCCAACACAAAGGAUUUAUAAGGAGAUCUGGGCAUUCCUUUCCAAACCUUAUGCCAACGCUGUUCUGACCGGCUUCAUUUCUCGGGUGGGUCCACCCCAAAAUGGAGAUUGAUGGGAGAACUUGUACCUCGCCUGGCCUCUCAGCUUAUCAUCUUUGAAAAGAGGGCUUUCCCCCUCCCACCAAAGGGUAGGGGAAGAGAGAUGGAGAAAGUACGAGAAAGAGAGAAUGUGAAAUCCAGAACUGAAACGCUGGAGAAGAAUGUCACUUUGGGAGCAGCCGUCAAAAGAAGCAUGCCUUCUGUGGAAGAAAAGCAGGCAGCAGAGAAGUGGAUGUCGAUUGCCGGAACCUGGGUCUAUUUCAAGUUUGGAGAAAGAAAGGUGGGACGAGUGCUGCAGCUGUACAGAAGAAAUGAAGACAGCUUGGGAGGAAAAACAUCAUAUGUCAAGCAGCAGAUGUGACGGGAGACGAAUUGGUACUUAUAACUGCCCUGUUAUUGGUUUGCUGCCUCUUCAGAUUGGAAUGGCAAGAGCUGAACGGACGAAGAGCACAAUCCGGGGAUGGGGGAGGCUGUUCUCUCUCUCUCGAGAGCCUUCUCAAAAGGAAGGGGACCAGCAGUCUUGCACAAGACAUCUUAACAGGAAUGGGAUUGGUGCCAUAUCAUCGGCCACAUUCAUUUUAAGAGCGAAAAUGCAAGAGAACCUGUAGAGUACAGCCAAAGAGCCUUCUGGUACAUUAUUAAAGACUCAAACCAUUAUUUUAGCAAGUGUUUUGGGGGUAGAAAGCUAGUUUGCCAGAUGCAUGAAGUAGCCAUGGAUGGCAAUGGGGGGACACACACACCCCGGGUGCAAAGUGCAACUGAGCGGAAGUGAGUCUCAAAUUCCUUGCGGGGAAGGAACACGCAGGGCUUUCUGUGAAAGCACAAAGUGUGUUUAAGGGCUUCCUAACCGAUCAGAGAGUUUUAAAACCAACUAACCAUCUGUCAUUGAAUUUACUAAAUUGUUGAUUGUGUGUACUGACUCGCCUCAAUAAAACUGCC